AUGCUAUCUAUUCUAAAGUGUAACUCUUGUGUGAUCUAUUCUGAGCGCUCUUUUCAUAUUUUUAUUUAUUUAUCCGUGUCUAUUUUAAUGCUGUCAUUUUAUACUUUAAAGCAUAUGAUUAGGGAAAUAUCCUUUUAUUCUAGUUGUAGGAGAGAAAUAUAGUUGUAGCAGAUAAUAAUAAUAAAUGACUUGUAUAUAAAAGAAGAACUCAAAGUUAAAUAGUAUAGUAGCAUAAUAUAACUCAAUCAUUCUUUCAGCCACAGUCUUCAAACUUGGUGGUGAGUUAUUCGUCAAUCGUAAUUAUUCUUUCAUUAUUGAUUCUUUAUUACUUAUUUUAUUUUAAAAUGAGUUUCCAAAUUUGUCUUGUUGUGGCAUAUAAUCCAUAUCAACAAUAUCCUUCUUAUAUAAAUUAUGGAGGAUAUGGAUAUCCGCAUACAGCAGCGUUAUAUGGACAACAUCAAUUACUUACAAACACACCUACUUAUUAUCCUCCUACAGCAAUGACUAAUUAUUAUUCAAAUAUGAAUCCAUAUAGCUAUGGCAAUUAUUAUUAUCCCACCACUGCUAACACUGCUACUACAGGAGGAUAUCUAGGUGCUAAUUCAAGUUAUUAUAAUGGCACAUAUGGGAAUGGAUAUGGGAAUGGAUAUGGGAAUGGAUAUGGAACUGGAUAUGGAACUGGAUAUGGGAAUGGAUAUGGUUAUUUACCUUAUAAACAAAAUAGUACUCUUCGAAAUAUAUUUAAUCGAAUUCGUCAUGGUUCAGCUUAUCCAUAUGGUUAUCCAAAUACGUUGGGAGGAUAUGAUUAUGGAAGAUAUAGAGGAAAUUGGAUUGAUUGA